AAACCCUAACUUGAUCCAACCAAGAGAGAGAGAGAGAGAGAGGAGGAGAAGGAGGAGAGGGGGGAUGGCGAAAUUGGGGGCGGGGGAGGCGGCUGCGGCGGCGAAGAAGACUGGGGAGCUGAAGAGGGAGCUGAGGAGGCUGGUGAGAGCUAUCGCGGAGGACGACGACACCCAGAUCAAGACCUUCGACGAGGCGGCGCGGGCGCUCGCGGCGCUCCGGGAUGUCAAGUUCGGCGGCAACGGGAACUCCAAGGGGAAGCGGUCGCCGUCGCCGCUGUCGAAAGAGACGAAGAAGGACGGCAAGAUCGGAUCUCCGGAGAUCCCCCAGCACUUCUUGUGUCCGAUCUCCUCCGAGCUGAUGAGGGAUCCCGUGAUUCUGGCCUCCGGGCAGACCUAUGAGCGACCAUUCAUUCAGGAGUGGCUGAAUUCCGGGAACCGGACAUGCCCGCAGACCCAGCAGAUUCUCCCCAACACCACCCUGAUCCCCAACCAUGCGGUCCGAAGCAUGAUAUCUGAAUGGUGUGCGGAGCAUGGCAUUCCUCUGCCUGCAGUCGAGAGCCAGGAGGAAGGCCUGAUCACGAAAGAUGAGCGGGAUGCACUCAACGAGCUCCUCGACAAGAUCUCUUCAUCCUCCUCCAUCCCUGAGCAGAAGCAAGCGGUGAAGGAGCUCCGGCUUCUCACGAAGCGCAACCGGUCCUUCCGAGCCCUCCUAGGGGGGAAACCAGAUGCAAUCUCCCUACUGCUCUCGCUUCUCUCUGUGCCAGGCUUGGAUGGUGAUCCAGAGCUCCAAGAGGACACUGUGACCACGAUUCUGAAUCUGUCGAUCCAUGAUAGCAAUAAGAAGAUUGUUGGAGCCGACCCCCAAGCCAUCCCCUUGCUCAUUGAUGCGUUGAAGAAUGGAACCAUGGAGACUCGGGGCAACGCAGCUGCGGCCCUCUUCACCUUAUCGGCGCUCGAUUCCAACAAGCUUAAGAUUGGUGAAUCGGGAGCCAUCAAGCCACUUCUGGAGCUUCUGGAGCAAGGCUGCGAAACCGCCAGGACGGAUGCGGCGUCGGCCAUUUUUAACAUCUGCAUGGCCCCUGAGAACAGGAUGAGGGCGGUGAAGGAAGGGGCAGUGCAUGUCGUCUUGAAGGCCAUCGAGGAUCAAUCUCUCGUUGAUGGGCCGUUGGCUAUUCUUACUCUGCUAUCAGGUGACCCAGACGCCAUGGAGCAGAUUGCUGAGAGCGGAAUGCCUUGCUUGCUUGGCAUAAUGAGGGAGAGCGCCUGUGACCGGAACAAAGAGAAUGCGGUGGCGGCUCUGUUCUCCGUCUGCAUGCAUGAUCGGUUGAUGCUGAGGGAGGUUGGGAAGGAGGAGAAGUUGCAUGGGACGGUCUCUGCUCUGGCUCAGAAUGGCACUUCGAGGGCUCGUAGAAAGGCUGCUGGAAUUCUUGAGAGGCUGAAGAAGUCGACGCGCAGCCCGAAUUAUUCUUGUUAGAUGAGGAUUUAAUCGACGAGGGAAAUAAGAGGUGUAGAUCGUAAUGUAAAUAUUGCUUGCUUCUGUGACUCCAAUGGUUCAUAUAAAACUACAGUGUUACUAUACUGCUUCUCAUAGGAUUUAAUCAAA